UCUUUGCUAUGCUCAGCAGCCUUCACUCACCAUUUCCCACCAUUCCCUAGCACAGUUGGCGCAUGGUAAAUCGAAGUCUUGAAUUUCGUUUGUGAGUGUUGUUUUGAAUUGUACACACGUGUUCUGUAUUUUUUUCUGACCAACAAGAAUUUAUUAUCGAUAUGGAGGACGGAAGAAAACAGACAAUUGCGAAUCUCUUGAAAGAUAUUGAGAGAUAUAAUCCGGAAAAUUUACCGACAUUGGAGUGCUAUGUGGAACACCAAUGCCGUGAAAACACGUAUGAUUUGGAGGCGAAUCUGGCUGUUUUGAAAUUAUAUCAAUUGAACCCCCAACGUUAUAAUAUUGGAAUUAUCUGUCAAAUUCUCUUGAAAGCCCUUACAAAUCUGCCCCAUACAGAUUUUGUGCUUUGUAAAUGUUUACUAAAUGCCAAACACUUGGAAGAAAGUCUUGUUAAGCAAAUAAUGCAGCUAGCUGACGUUUUAGAAAGAUGUGAUUUCCGUGAGUUUUGGGCAAGGAUUCACACACCGGAGUUCGCUGACAACAUUGUCCAUAUUACUGGAUUCCACGACUCUAUUCGCAAAUACGUCUGUCAUGUUGUGGGAAUCACCUUCCAAACAGUUGAUAAAACUCUGCUUGCAGGACUUUUGGGUGGUGUUGACGACCAAACAUUAAAACAAUGGGUGAAGAAGUAUGGCUGGAAAGAAGAAGCUAAUGGCAUAAUAUUUGUUGCUAAUCAAGAUGAAAACAUCAAAACGAAAAAUAUCACAGAAAAGAUUGACUUUGAAAAUGCCGCUGCAAUAAUGGCAGCAUCCCAAUAAAUUUAUGUAGUAUUAACAAUAAAUUUUGGAUAUUAUUUUAUCCUGUAUACAUUUUCAUUUUUUGGUGAAAUGUUUGUUUAUCUAUGUAUAUAUAAUAGAUAUAGAGAGAUUUUUUUUGUGUGCUGAGGUGUGUAAUUUACGUGUUGUUUGAAAUCUUUGUGCAGUUUGUAUGCAAUUUUGUGUGUGAUUAGUGUGUGUGUUGUGUAUGAUACUACAGGUCUAAUGGGAUUGGUGGUUUUUUGAUAAACCAUAUAAUUCUAAUAAUUAAUAAUUGAGCUAAUGAAAUUAGCCCAAAGUGUACACCCCUAACUCCACUCCAAGACCCUCCCACCUCCAGUACAAACCUUGCCCCUUCGGCCAUGCCAUGCCACUCCUACCCCAUCCUCUGUCUUCUUAAACAACUUGCACUUCUGAGGAUAAGCAGAACUUCAUUUUCUGUCCAGACCCUGCGAAGCAUUUUGUUCAUUCAUUUGGCAUACUACUUUACCUAUCAUUUUGUAAUAAAUGUGUACAAUUUUUCAAUUUACAUUUCAUAUUUUCUUUUCAUUAAUCAUGUUCACAUUUUCAGAUAGCUCUGAUUAUAGCUAGGUGAUCAAAAAAAAAAUUAGAAAAAAAAUAUUGAUACCUGAUAAUCUUUUCUCAAAUCAAAAUAUUAGUUUCUUAAAGAUCACUAGAGUGCAACAUUAUUCAAUGAAAUAGUAAUCAUUAACUUAACAUUGGUGAUUAAUAAUUGUGGAAAUACUUAUUACUAAAGGAAGGGUUUUGUCAUUUGGAGUGCUGUACUUCAGGUAGCCUGGCAUUGAGUAACAAAACAAAGCUAAACAUUUUACAACUGGGUAUCCAGAGUUCUAAAAAAAAAAUCUACUCAUAGAUUUUAUUGAACAGAGAAUGAUGCAAGAAGUUCUGUUCGAAGAAUUUUACAUGAAGCUAAAUUCAAGUAUUAUAUACCUCAUCUUGUAUAUGGCCUAUUGGAAGAUGACCCUGAUCAUAGGGUUCAAUUUUGUGCGAUUGUUAAACAAAAUGAGGGUACAUGAAAAAGAUUUUUUUCUAAUCUAAUUUGUCAUAAGUCAUGAUAGCCUAAGAAGCAAUUCUGCAGAUGUAUAACCGCUUUUGUCAAGAUUCACUACAGUGCCAAGGCUGUAGCAUACAACUCCGUUCCAGAAGCACCUUUCAGAUAUUGUAUUCAUUUCCAAAAUAUUAAUUUGAAUAAUCCACAUCACAUGAUAAAAUAAAAUUUAAUAUAAUGAUUUAAAACAAACUUUACAUCUACACACUUCAAUCUUUAUCACAAAAUUAUUGUGUACAGUUAUUACAGUGAUGCUGUUGAUGCAUUCAUUACCACUCAUUCACUCCAGCCCUCACAGACUAGCAUUUGUUACCAGAAAAAAUUGAAAAAUGUACAAAUAAUAAUUGAAAUAGAGGUUGACAAAAAAAACGGUUAAAUGAAUUAGAUUACUUUUCCCAACCAAUCGUUGCAUAUGUUAAGCAACAAGUCAUUCAGUUAGCACUUAUGAGACAUACAAAUAUAGGUUUCAAGUAGUUCUUGGUCAUUAUGACAUGGCAGAAAACCUCAUACAGGGAUUCCCUUUUUUUCAUUCGUCAACCCCUGUCAGAAGGAUUGUUAGUAUCAAUGAGCCCCAA